AUGAAGGAGGCGACGGCGUCGGGGGGCGGCGCGACGGCGACGGCGAACGACCCGAGGCAGCCGGCGACGGCGAGGCCGUACGCGCCGCCCAAGCUGUCGUCGCAGGACCUGCCCGUCGACUACGCGGGCUUCCUCGCCGUCGUCUUCGGCGUCGUCGGCGUCAUGCUCCACUACAAGGUGUGCUCGUGGAUCGCCAUCAUCUUCUGCGCGCAGUCGCUGGCGAACAUGAAGAACUUCGAGAAUGACCUCAAGCAGCUCUCCAUGGCUUUCAUGUUUGCUGUCAUGGGUUUGGUGACGAACUAUUUCGGGCCUCGCCCAGGCGGCACAAAACGCUAA